AUGUCCAGUCCCGGGCAGUUCGCAUCCCCGCCGGAGGUGCAGCGCCGUCAAUUUUCGAGCUGCGAUCCCUGCAGACGCUCUAAACGCCGCUGCUUUUUCCCUUCUGAUGUAUCCAUUGACUCGAAUAUCUCUUGUGCGCAUUGCGCGCGCCUGGGACAUACAUGCACUUUCAAUUUUGCUACAUCUCGAUUGAGCUCGCGACCAAGAAAACGACAGCGACAGAAUAAAUCGAAACUGAAUCAAGUUUCGGCAUAUGAAUAUGAUGGUCACUUACUUGCCGAGAACUCAUCAGAGACCCUUGGGAGAACCCCAAGAAGCGCGUCUAGGACUCCCAACACCAGUGAUGAUGAUUUUGCUGCAUGGCUCAAUUUUGACAUCGAGAAUUACUUUGCGAACGAUUUACAGCUGCCCGCCACGGCUGAGCCAACACCGCUUGGCUCCGAGGCGCAAUCUGACUCGCAACAUGACCGAAGACUUUCUCUUUUACCAAAUCAGUCACAGUCAGUGAAACACGUUUCAUAUGGAAUGAGAUUUGUGCCUGGGAGCUCACCCCGCAGCCCCAUACACCUAUUGAACUCGAAAUUAGACACCAGAAUACUCAAUGAGCGGCUGAUCAGUAUAUACGAUGCGGUUUUGACGGGUUCUGCGACGAGGUUCCUGGACUACGACAUUAAUUUAUAUGCAACGCGAAUUCGGUACAAGAUAGAAAACAGCAGGCCUGGAAGCUCUAACGAACCGAUACCUGCGCGGUUAACGAUGCUACUGGGACCAGAUAUGGAGUCAUCUACCUCAUCCCGACGAGAAACAGAGUCUCUUGUGGCUUCUCUCAAUUCAUCAGGUCAAUUACAGAGCAGCAGGUCACCGAAUUCUCGCGAUCAGGCCCAAGACGAAGCUUACAGGGUGACAAUUGUGGGAUGCGCAAGAUUCUUGGACCAUUUUGGAGAUCUCUAUGGGAAUAGAAUAAGACCUCCUUCAAAAAGAAAGUCUGAUGCGGCGCUCAAUGCAGCGCUCCGACUAUUCGCUUUACAGUGGCUACCUAGCCGUGGUUCUGAAGGAGAGUGCUGGACCUCUACCAAUGAAGUUCCCAUCGCCAGAUUUUGUGGGAAGCAAUCCGCUCGCAGUUCUCCAUGCCAUCUUUAUACUGAUGCCUGGUACCAAGCUCGUGUAGCCAUCGAGGACGCGAAGUCGGUUCGGUCCUUUCAGGCUGUGUUUGCAAUAUUAAUCUUCGAUGGAGCGGCUAUCCCAAUGAGCGCUCUCAUUGAUUCAAACAAGGCUGACAUAGAGCAUGGAUUUCUCAAUCUGGGGUUGCAGAUGCUGCGCGAACUAGAUGAGCUCGUCCAAAACUACUGCACUACCUUAGGGCCAUCAUCUCACUACGGUGCUCUUGCGGAGGCCAGCCUUUCCGUUGUGCGUUGGGGCGGGUAUAUUCGUGAUACUGGAGCUGCUUUGACGUCAAAUCAUCAAUGUCAACUUCCAGAUCCCCGUUGUAACGAAAUUAGUUUUACCCCUGAGAACCCAGUGCCACCGGCAUUUUUCUUGUAUAAUACAAGAGAGUGCGACCGCACCAUCCCAGAUAUUUGUCGAAGGAUAGCAUCAGAGGCUUUCUAUAUCUGGAGAAAGAUCGCGGAUGUGAAGAAUGACCUCCGACUGCUGCACGAUAAUUCCCAGCACAUUAAUUCCGAAUUACUGAAAUCAAUCAAUUCCGUGGUCACCGUCGUUGGAAAAAUAGAUGAGAAUCUCCGGCCCUUCAUCAAGCGCUGUAGAGAUAUUUUCUGGGAUCUUUCCUUGGCGUCAAGGGUAUCUUGUGUUUCUCUUGUUGUGCCUUGGAAUUCUGGAGUACUUGUUCUCGCAGAGGCACUGGAACCCUUUGUAAACCCAAUGAGCCACAUUCUGUCACAGGAAAUCGGCCAAAGCAUCCGAACACACGAACGGGAAGCGGUUUCCUCUGUUGCCCAAAUGAUCGAAUGUGUCCUUGCAUUGCCCAUCGAAGAGACGUUUAAUGUUCAACAUGGGCUUGCCCCUGAAGCUCCAAUCACCGCCUAUCAUCUCACCCCUAGCGUUAUAACGACGGCUCUGGGGAAGGCUGUGGUGCAUACUAUCAAUCUUCAGUUUUUCUCGUCGCCUGGACUUGGGAAAACGGAUGGAGAUCCGGAUUUUUCGUCAGAUGGCUCGUGGCGUAGACAAAUUGACUGUCUUAUGAAGGGGCUAGUGUCGCUUGACGUUACCAUUGGAGGAUCUCAAACAUUCGGACUGGUUAUGAGGUCUUUAAUGCAAGAGUAUGGGGAUAUCAUAUCGGAAUGCUGGUCCUGUGACUUCAACACAUGA